GGCUCCGUGAUCAGCCUGGAGCAGCAGCAGAAAAUCGAGGAACAGAAGAAAUGGCUGGACUUGGAGAUGGAUAAAGUUCUCGAGCAGCGCCGGGCCCUGGAUGAGCUAGAAGAUGAGCUGAGGAAGCGGGAAGGUAUUGUGGCCAAAAAGGAAGCCCUGCUGCAGGAGAAGAAUGGCCUGGAGAGCAAACGACUGCGCUCCAGCCAGGCCCUGACAGAUGACAUAGUGCGUGUGUCCAGCCGCCUGGAGCACCUGGAAAAGGAGCUGACUGAGAAGAGUGGGCAGCUGCGUCACAGCAGUGCCCAUGACCAGCAGCAGAUCCGCCAGGAGAUCAACAGCCUGCGCCAGGAGAAGGACCAGCUGCUCAAGCAGAGGUUGGAGCUCGACAACAAGCUGCGUCAGGGCACCCUGCUGUCCCCAGAGGAAGAACGGAUCUUGUUCCAGCUGGAUGAGGCAAUAGAGGCUCUUGAUGCAGCCAUUGAGUACAAGAAUGAGUCCAUCACAUGCAGGCAGCGAGUCCUGCGGGCCUCGGCCAGCCUGCUGUCCCAGUGCGAGAUGAAUCUCAUGGCCAAGCUCAGCUACCUCUCCUCCUCAGAGACCCGAGCUCUGCUCUGCAAGUACUUUGAUAAGGUGGUGACACUGCGAGAAGAUCAGCACAGACAGCACAUUGCCUUCUCAGAGCUGGAGAUGCAGCUGGAGGAGCAGCAGCAGCUGGUAUACUGGCUGGAGGCAGCGGUGGAGCGCCAGCGCCUGGAGAUGGACCGUCAGCUCACCCUGCAGCAGAAGGAGCACGAGCAGAACAUGCAGUUACUGCUCCAGCAGAGCCGCGAGCACAUGGAUGAGGGGCUGGCCAGCAGCAAGCUACAGUAUGAGGCAAGGAUUCAGGUGCUGGAAAAGGAGCUGAGCCGUUACAUGUGGGCAAACCAGGAGCUGAACCAGAGGCUGAGUAACAUGAACCUCCAUCCUGGACAGACCAAAGCAGCGAUGGAGAGAAGCAUUCACGGGGCUGGGGACAGAGCUCCCCCUGCGCUUGGGACCUGCGAGGAAUCCACCCUGGGGGAACAGCCCUCGGUCGCUGAAGAAAGCCCUCGGGUCAGGGACGAGAGCAGGGACCUGGUGCACGCCCCUUUGCCAUCGACGUGGAGGCGUUCCUCCCUGCCCAACGACAGCCCCGGCGACCUCCGGCAGAGGGACGCCGCUGAGCACUUGCCGAGGGCAGGGCUGGCAGGGCAGCCCCCCGAGGUGCACCCACCCCGGAGCCUCGCUCCUGCCUCCAAGCCCCGCUGGGAGCUGCGCAGAGCCAGCCUGCACGCGACCCCAGUGCCUUACCACCCCGCAAUGAUCGACGUGAGGAAAAACCCGCUCUAG